AUGGCUACGUUCAUGGAUAAGUACUGCAACUGUUUUGAGGAUAUAAGAAUUAACAAAAAUAUCAGAUAUUCAUACGCUUAUACUUGUCGCCUAUUUAACGGUGGUCACUUUGAUAAUCCAUUGGAAAGCAUUCAGGUCAUUUUUCAAAUCAGUAAUGUACUGAAAGAAAAUGCUGUGUACCAAGAAGCAACAUCAGCGCUUCAUUACGCGAUACGAGCUGUUGAAAACAAUAAGGUUAUAUAUAAUUCAGCUGAAUUCUCAAUGGCAAUCAUAGAUGACGUACAUGAUAUUUUAAGUAAGCAACAAAUGACGGAAAAUGGAAAAUGUUCUUUUACUAUGCUUGCUUUAUCUGAUUUAUACCGACUGUCCGAGAUUGCAAGGAAAACUUUAACCAACGGUACUAAUGAUAACCUGAAAUUAUUACUAAAUCAACAUGAAGGUCUCAAGAGAAAAGUAGAAGACGUUAUGCAUAAUAAAGCACCGAGAUUCAGAAAGCUUGUAGAGGAGUUAUAA